UUUUGACGUUUCCGUCUCCGGCAGCCAUAUUGCUUACAGGAGCAAAUUCUGGAAAGCUAGAAGAGGGAAAGGAUUUAAAGUUGACUUAUAUCUCCACCACUUGAUACACCCAGACUACACAGGACACAAUGGAGCCGUCAGCCAGUCCGGCCAAAGAUAACUACAGGAUGAACCGCUACAAGAACAAGGCACUGAACCCAGAGGAGAUGAGGCGCAGGAGAGAGGAGGAGGGCAUCCAACUCAGGAAACAGAAACGAGAACAACAGCUUUUCAAGAGGAGGAAUGUGGACAUUCUAAAUGAAGAGGAUGCCAUGUUCGAGAGUCCUCUGGUGGACUCCUACCUCAGCUCUCCAGUAACAGAAGGAGUCAUUACCAGAGACAUGGUUGAGAUGCUUUUCUCAGAGGACCCAGAGCUUCAGCUCGCUACAACACAAAAGUUCAGAAAACUACUUUCCAAAGAGCCCAACCCACCAAUUGAUGAAGUUAUAAACACACCUGGAGUAGUGGAGAGGUUUGUGGAGUUCUUGAAGAAGAGUGUCAACUGCACACUACAGUUCGAAGCAGCUUGGGCACUGACCAACAUAGCAUCGGGCACAUCCAUGCAGACAAAAACAGUGAUUGAGGCUGGAGCAGUGCCAAUCUUCAUUGAACUGCUCAAUUCUGACUUUGAAGAUGUCCAAGAACAGGCCGUGUGGGCCUUGGGGAAUAUUGCAGGGGAUAGUGCAGUGUGCAGGGACUAUGUGCUGAACUGCAACAUCCUUCCACCCCUAUUAAUGCUUCUGACCAAAUCCACCAGAUUGACCAUGACCAGGAAUGCAGUGUGGGCUCUGUCUAACCUCUGCAGAGGAAAAAACCCUCCACCUGCGUUUGAAAAGGUGUCACCCUGUCUGCCAGUGCUGUCCAGGCUUUUAUUUAGCAGUGACCCAGACUUGCUGGCAGACGCCUGCUGGGCCCUGUCCUACCUCUCCGACGGCCCCAAUGACAAGAUCCAAGCUGUCAUCGACUCCGGCGUCUGCAGGCGUCUCGUAGAACUACUCAUGCACACUGACUAUAAGGUGGCCUCCCCUGCCUUGAGAGCUGUAGGAAACAUUGUCACUGGAGAUGACAUACAAACACAGGUGGUGUUGAACUGCUCAGCCCUGCCCUGUCUGCUGCACCUUCUCAGCAGUGCUAAAGAGUCCAUUCGCAAAGAGGCAUGCUGGACCAUCUCAAACAUCACAGCAGGAAACCGAGCACAAAUACAGACGGUAAUUGAUGCCAACAUCUUCCCAGUGCUGAUCGACAUUCUACAGAAAGCCGAGUUCAGAACCAGGAAAGAGGCAGCCUGGGCCAUCACUAACGCCACCUCUGGAGGAACACCAGAACAGAUCAGAUAUCUGGUGAACCUGGGCUGCAUUAAGCCCUUGUGUGAUCUGCUGACGGUGAUGGACUCAAAGAUCGUUCAGGUAGCUCUCAACGGGCUGGAGAACAUCCUGAGGCUGGGCGAGCAGGAGGCCAAGCAGGAGAACAAUGGCACUGGAGUUAACCCUUACUGCAGCCUCAUUGAAGAAGCCUAUGGUCUUGACAAGAUAGAGUUCCUCCAGAGCCACGACAACCAGGAGAUCUACCAGAAGGCCUUUGACCUAAUCGAGCACUACUUUGGGGUGGAGGACGAGGACAACAGUCUAGCCCCUCAGGUGGACCAGGCCAACCAGCAGUUCCUUUUCCCCCAGCAGGAGGCCCCCAUGGAGGGCUUCCAGCUAUAAGUCAGCCCCCUUCUCCUCUAGAAUUCACCAUUUACCCCCUUCCAUACCUCCCAAUCUCAUGGAGGGCGUCAUACUUCUAUGCCCUGUUCCCUGAUCUGCCAUCACCCCCGCCACCGCUACCAUCACCACACACACCCCCUUUGGAGGAAAGCUCAAACUGUCCCGCUCUUCAGCCUAAAAAUACCCCUCUUCAUUCUCCUCAACCAGUGGACUGACUUCUUGCAGGGCAGGCUCAUGUGAUACCUGGCCAAGGGGAGAGCGCCACACAAACUCCAUUACCCCUAGAAGAAGAAAUGAUCCCAAAGUGUGAGUCUGCCCUGGCUUAAAACGCACACACCAACAUCUUUCCUGCCAUUUGAUAGCUCUUAGAUUCUCUCAUUGGCGGUAACGAUGGUUUGUUUGUUUUUGGUCUUUAUAUACACUUCCAUUUCUUUUCCAAUGGGACAUUCCUAUUUUCAGGAUAACCCAUGCAUCCCCAUGCAAAGUCCACAGACUGGGGUGCAUGAGGUGAAAUAUGCCUAGCUCUUGAUGUCAGAUUGACUUAGUACAAUUCAAAGAUGAAACAAACUCGUAACAUGAUCCCUUUUUGUUUUAUGAUUAUUUUCCCCUAAAACCUGAUUUAUCUGCUCCUUUUUUGUGCUUGUGAUUUUUUUAUUUAUUUUUUGGCUUAGGGCUGGACUGCUGAUCUGUAUAGGGGGUUCAGAUGCACAAACGUCCACCCAAAGUUGAGGGCUUUCUACUGCCCUGAGUAGAUGUGUGA